CCGUGAGAAUCCCAGGCAAAUCCCACUGCCAAGAGGACAGGUCGCAAUGGAUGUACCCCAAUUUGAGGUUGUGGCCAUCCAACACUUAGAAUCUGCAACUACUGAGCUGAACAAAAUCCUGAAGGCAAAGUGCCCCACAGAGAUGAUCAUCGCAACCAGAUUCCUGUGCUCAGCAGUGGAAGAUUUUUGUGCUGAUACUGUUAAGACCUGGAGUCAAAUAAAACAGAACAAUACAGCAAUAGAGUCUGUGAUAUUGAAAAGUGAUUUAAUGUAUGAUAAGCUCAAUGUCCUGAUUGAUGUCCUGGCUGAGGAGGCAGCAGCUACACCUGUUGAGAAAACCACAACAGUACAUCCAGACAGUGGCAAAGCAGAUGGAAAGCGCUUGGUCCCUCAACUAGACCACAUAUCCAGGUGCAAGUUGGAGUUGGCCACAAAGGCCCAGAAUCUCCAGAAAUCCUUGAAACUCCUUGUAUUUCAGGUUGAACAAGUUCUGGAUGAGGAAAGCAGACAGACAAUAUCAGUUAAGAACUUUAGUUCAACUUUCUUCCUGGGAGAUGACUCAGAAGAUACUAAUAGGAAAAGCCCAAGACACAGUUCUCGUCAUAGCGUUUUGUCUUCUAUAUCUUCUCUCAGAAGUGAGGACCUGGAUAACCUCAACUUGAAGCACCUGCAUUUUAUGCCUGAAACGAUGUAA